AUGUCGCAAACCAAUGCCGAUCAAGGCGAUCUCGAAAAACUGCAACAAGCUCUUCAGCAAGUUGUUGGCAAAUUUGGAUCAAUCGACGAUGUCCUCGAAGCAUUUGGUCUUGCAACGUUGCCAACCGCCCAGAGAUAUGGAGUCUUGAUGGGAUGCAUUGUAUUCGCCACCACUGUAACCGCCGUCAUUGCGCUUCUUAUCUUUGGUGGUUCUUUUAAAAGAAUAGCAGAACAAGAACAAACGGGGGAGGCGACACUGGAGUCUGAUUUUAAAGCUCGCAAGGGCCGACCAUUGUUACUGGAACGACUCUUGAAGGCUCGCAAACGGCUAUUGGCAGAGAACUACCCCGACCGAGAACAGCGCAAAACUUUAAGAACCAAUUUGACGAAAAUGCUAAUGAGUCUUCCUCCACCAAAAGACAUCCCUGGGGUGGUGGACGAUGUCGAAGCGAAGCAAUCCGUAAACAAGAAAAAGGACAGAGCCGCGGAAAUGGUUGGCUUUAAGGAGAACUUUGCGUGGGCCUACAGAAAGUGUCAAGAUCAACCAGGAGGUGGCAUCAUUCCGGGAAAGCCGGAAGCACGAUUUGAGGCGUUUGCUCGUGGUUAUGCAUCCUGUGGUGACAAUACAACUCUGGGAUAUCGUCGAUCGUAUGCUCGUGCCUAUGAAUCUGUUUGCUGCGCCAAUGAUAGUACUGAAGAGAAAUUUUCCAAGCUGUACAAUGCCAAUCCCGAGGCGUUGGUGGGACAAACCGUGCGGCUUGAAGCACUGGAUUCUUCUAAGCAUUUGAAGGCAAUUUUUGCGUCAACAAGUGGGGACAUGUACUUUUACAAGAAGUCAUAUGAUGCGAAUGAAGUUUGGGGCUUUUUGGAGGAGGGCCCAUUCAACACACAAGAGGAAUUAAAGAAUUCCUUUGUAUUCCAACAAUACGAAAACGAAGCAGCCUUUGCAAUCGUACAGAAUCUCAAUGACCGCGUCUUGGGUGUGGCAAUGGUUAGCAGAGACAACCCCAAACACCUUUCUAUUCAAUUAGACCCUCCAAUCAUUGGACCUUCCACGGUGGGGACAAAGGAGCAACUUGAAUCGUGCUUCCUACUGCUCGAUCGACUAUUUGCCAACGGAUACCGCCGAAUCCAACUUUCCAUUGACUCCAAGGAUGGAAAAGGAUCCGAACUAGCGGAUCGACUUGGAUUUACCUUUGAAGGUGUGUUGCUGAAAGACAUGGUGGUCAAGGAAUCGAAUCGAGACAGCAAGGUAUACGGAAUGCUCAACAGCGAUUGGGAUAAGGGUGCAAGAAUUGCUCUGUAUAGAAAGCUGUAUGGUGGAGCCAUGGCACGAGCAGAUCUUGCGUUCAACAAGAAGGAAGAAGAGUUGACCGAUCAGCAGCGCGUUCUCUCCAAGAAGGAAAAGUUGCAAGCUAGUGCAAAAGAUAAGAAGGCAUAG